AUGACCAGCGAUGGUGCUGUUGAACUGGAGGUGCUGGACGACGUCGACUUAAUCUCUAUACAGAAGGUAGACGCUCUGGGGCUCAUGAGUGCCGAUUUCGAUAGUGGAUCCUCUCCUAUACGUGAAGAGACCUUCAUGCAGCAAGAUAAAGAGACCACCAUCGAUAUCAAUGAUGCAUUUGGGACACCACAGAAGAAAAAUAAACAUGUUCUGAAGAAAGGCAUGUUGUUUGAUGAUGUGCAAGCUGCUAAAAUUUUUUACAAAGAAUAUGCACACGAUCUCGGUUUCUUCGUUAGGACGGGCCAACAGAAACUAGAUGAUAAUGGAGUGGUUAUGUGGAAGCGAUUCCUGUGUGCAAGGGAAGGAUAUAAAACCGAAAAAGAAGCAGGUUCCAGUGGUUCAUCAUCAAAAGGUCGCAGAAGUAGAGAGUCAAGAUGUGGAUGUCAAGCUUAUAUUUAUGUUAAGCGCACUCCAGAAGGUAAGUAUAUCAUUGCAGCACUAUUUGAGAGACAUAACCAUGCCUUUGUGACACCUAGCAAACAUCACCUCCUUCGAUCCAACCGUUAUGUCAGUGAGAAGGCAAAAACUACUCUUUUCAAUUGUCACAAGUCUAGCAUUGGAACAUCACAAGCUUACAGAUUACUUCAAGUUGGUGCAGGGGGUUUUGAGUAUGUUGGAUGCACAAAAAAGGAUUUGCAGAAUUACUACAGUGAUUUCAGGAAUAAAAUAAAGGACGCAGAUGCUCAGAUGUUUAUUGAGAAUUUACGUACACUCAAGGAUUUGGACCCUAAUUUCUUCUUUGAAUAUGAAGUGAAGGAUGGUCGGUUGUUUCGAGUGUUCUGGGCUGAUAUAAUUAAUAGCAAGAACUAUAUUCAUUUCGGUGAUAUACUGUCUUUUGAUACUACUUACAGCACAAACCAGUAUGACAUGAAAUUUGCACCUUUUACUGGGGUCAAUCAUCAUAUGUGUUCUAUUUUCUUUGGUGCUGCUUUCUUAGCUAAUGAGAAGAUUGAGAGCUACGUUUGGUUAUUUCAGACCUUUCUUCGAGCUAUGAGAGGGAAAGCUCCCGCAUUCAUUGUAACAGAUGACGAUGCUAGCAUCAGGGCUGGCAUCGCUAAUGUUCUUCCUAACACGGGUUCAGAAACUAUAGAAGAAUUUGAGAGCAGAUGGCAAGUUUGGAUAGCAAAGUAUCACUUGGAGAACAAUGACUGGUUAGCUGGAAGAGAAGAUGCAUACGAUAGUGAAGGGAAUUUAUUAAUUGAGAAGUCCACUAGUUACAUGGAAGAUACUACGAGAAGGAAGAUGGCAAGUGCCCAUAACAGAUUUGAAGAUGUUUUCCAAAUGGCGAAGACUUCUGAUGAAGGCCUGGACAUUCUUAUUCAGAAUUUGGAGUCUCUUUCAUUGUUGUUUCAGCCUUCAUCUCGCACAAGACAAGAGGAACAAGAGACUUUUAUUGCGAUGUCCAUUCCAGAAAAUGUGCAACCGUCCUGGUCCGAGGUUCGGAUGCCCGGAGUAGCGGCCCGACGCCAAGGCCGAGGGGGCAUGGACGAGCAUGGAGGGGGCGUGCACGCCCGGUGGGAAUCAUCGGGGGCGGUGGGGCGGACCUCCGCCGGGGAGGACCACGGCCAAGGCGUGAACGGGCAGCGGGUCGACAGAGCAUCAGGGUAG